AUGAGUGAGUCUGAAGGUUUAAGACUUGACACGCUUCCGACAGAAGUUAUAGUUGCGAUAUGUCAAUACCUAUCACUUUUUAGUAAAUGUCAACUUUGUCAAGUUUGUUUGCGAUUUCAAUUAAUAAUUUAUAAUAACAAUGAGUUUUGGCAACAUCUCGACGUGUCACAAUUCGGUGAAAAUCUUACAAAUCAACACUUGUUUACGAUCCUACGAACGAGAUGGAAAUCCAAAUUACAAAAUCGAUGGUUAGAUAUAAGCGGAUGUCGGUUGAUAUCUUCUUCUGCAUUAGAAAAAUUAGCCGAAACAUAUUGUGAUUUUCAAGGCAUUCAUUUGAAUGUAGAACCUAGAUUUGAUAUUUGGGAGGCUGCAUGUAAUUAUGAUGAAUGGAUCAAAUCCCAAUUUUAUAAAAAAUGCCCUACAUUCACCAAGAUGGGACGUCCGGGUUUAUACCGACUGUGGCCGACGACAAGAUCAUCACCACAAUGGCAAAUUAGUAAUAAAUCCAUUCAAAUAGUUCUUCAAGGUUCAUUUCAAACACUCAAAUAUCUUUCACUUGGGAAACAAAAUCUAAACCGUGAAACUGCGACAACUAUUGCAUCUUGUAAGAAUUUAACACAAUUAGAUUUGAAUGGUACCAAUUUAGAUAAUGCAUCUCUUCAAGACAUUCUAUCACAUACUAAACAGCUUGUUUCGCUCAAGCUGUUGGAUUUGGAGUUGUCGGGUAUGACUUUAAUAAUGAUUUCACUCUUGAAAAAUUUACGUCAAUUACAUUUCAGCGUAAUCAACAAAGGGAUAAUUUCAGCAAAAGCGAUCGCAGAAAUGUUAAAAUGUUUACGAAAAUUAGAUGACUUGAGAAUGAACCAAAUAAUGAUUGGUGAUGUAGAUCUGGUGAUUACGGAGGGUUUGGCAUGGAUAUCCUGUGAUGAAUUGGUUGAAGAUGGCACAAAAAUUCAACAUAAAUACGAUUCCAAUGGAGAUAAGUUAAUUCAACAGGACAGAGCGUUUAUUCGUCACUUAGACCUUUCGCCAAAAUUAGAUAUUUACCCGCGGUGCAGAGAACGAUCGAUGCUUAUUGAGCAUUAUAUCACGAUUACCAAUUCUUCUUUACGGUCCUUGGCUGUAAAUCAUCCAUUUUUGGUUUCUUUUAGAUUGGUCAAUCCUUACGCAAUCAGUGCUGAAGGAGUCGAUGUACUACUUUCAGUACUUAAUUGUCUAGAAAUAUUUGAAUUGAGAUGGCGUAGGUCAGAAGUUGACCCAAUUCAUAAAUUAACUCCAAAGUUUUGUCCGAAGUUAAGGGAAAUAACUUUACACGGGGUGGAUGUUGCAGAUUUUGAUGCUUGGUUUGGUGUGCAAAAGGAUUUAGAAAUCGACCAAUGUAAAAAUAAAACUUUACUCGAAGAAGGGUGUUCAAGAAUGACUUUUCAAAAUCUGGAAAUUAUUGAUUUGGAUUCUACAGGGUUUACUAAUAGUCAUUUUAAUAUGUUGAUUAAAUAUUGUGUGAAAGCUCGAAAGGUUAAACUGCGAACUAAUAUUGUUUACUCUCAGAUUAGCGAUAAUAAUAGAACAAUCUCGAAAAGUGAUUCUGCACCAACAGUUUAUGAGGUCGAUAAAGAUUAUUGGUGCUUAAAAACUACAAUUGACGAUAUUCGAGCAAAAUAUGGACUAGGAGGUGGCACUAGAAUUAAAGACCCAAAUCUUGAUCAAAAUUCUGACCUAGAACUAGAAAGUGAUUUGACUGUUGCUGAUAUUAGAAGAAUUGUAAAAAUCCAACAAUUAUUGGAGAAGGCUGCACAAGAUUUAUCAAUGUUGGUUUCUGCUUCACCUCGAGAAAUCUUUAGCGAUCCUGAUAGCAUAAAAGAUGAUGAUGUUGCUGUUAAAGCCAAUGUUAAAAAAACUAUAUGGUUAGCUGAGGAUGAUGAUGUUUCUGGUAAUGCUGAAGAAACAAUUAAGAGUUUCAAAGAAAAUAGAGUUGCUGGUAAUGUUGAUGUGAAUGCCUAUACUUUAGAAGACGGUAAAGAUGAGAAUCCUCCUGUUGGAUUUCGACAAGAUCUGUAUCAAUAA